UUUCUUGAGACGGGCGUUGUUGAGAGUACUCGUUGCUCCGAGUCCUUGUCGCGGCCCUGCGAUCGGCCGUUUCCGCGUGGCCCGGAGCGAGGGUAGGCCACGCGUAGCUUUUUUGCCCGGCUCCAAGAUGGACGGCAGCGGGGACGGGGGAGGCCGCUCUGGGGGAGCACGUGGCGCGCCGCUGGCCUUUCCCGGGGCUGCUGGGAUGGUGGCGGAAUCCGGAGGCCUCCCGCCGCCGUCGGGCAGGGAGGCUGGCGGCGGCGGCCCAGCCUCUUCUUUCCUCGCACAGCCAGAAGGCCGCCGCUCGAGGCCCGCGUCGCCAUGGCCGCGGUUCCCGAGUUGCUGCAGCAGCAGGAGGAGGACCGCAGCAAGCUGAGAUCUGUAUCUGUGGACCUGAAUGUUGAUCCCUCGCUUCAGAUUGACAUACCCGAUGCACUCAGUGAGAGAGAUAAGGUCAAAUUUACAGUGCACACCAAGACCACGCUGCCCACGUUUCAGAGCCCAGAGUUUUCUGUUACAAGGCAACAUGAAGACUUUGUGUGGCUACAUGACACUCUUAUUGAAACUGCAGACUAUGCUGGGCUUAUCAUUCCGCCUGCUCCUACAAAGCCUGACUUUGAUGGCCCUCGAGAAAAGAUGCAGAAAUUGGGAGAGGGUGAAGGGUCUAUGACCAAAGAAGAAUUUGCUAAGAUGAAGCAAGAGCUGGAAGCUGAGUAUCUUGCGGUCUUUAAGAAGACUGUGUCCUCCCAUGAAGUCUUUCUGCAGCGGCUCUCUUCUCACCCUGUUCUCAGUAAAGAUCGCAACUUCCAUGUGUUCCUGGAAUAUGAUCAGGAUCUAAGUGUUAGGCGGAAAAAUACCAAAGAGAUGUUUGGUGGCUUUUUCAAAAGUGUGGUGAAAAGUGCUGAUGAGGUCCUUUUUUCUGGAGUUAAGGAGGUAGAUGACUUCUUUGAGCAAGAGAAGAAUUUCCUCAUUAACUAUUACAAUAGGAUCAAGGAUUCAUGUGCAAAAGCUGACAAAAUGACCCGAUCUCAUAAAAAUGUUGCAGAUGAUUAUAUCCACACUGCAGCCUCUCUGCAUAGCCUGGCUUUAGAAGAGCCCACGGUCAUCAAAAAGUACCUAUUGAAGGUUGCUGAGCUAUUUGAAAAACUUAGGAAAGUAGAAAGUCGAGUCUCCUCAGAUGAAGACUUAAAGCUGACAGAGCUUCUCCGAUACUACAUGCUCAACAUAGAGGCUGCUAAGGAUCUCUUAUACAGACGCACCAAAGCCCUCACUGACUAUGAGAACUCAAACAAAGCCUUGGAUAAGGCCCGCUUGAAAAGCAAAGAUGUUAAGUUGGCUGAGGCAAACCAGCAGGAAUGCUGCCAGAAAUUUGAACAGCUUUCUGAAUCCGCAAAAGAAGAACUAAUCAAUUUCAAACGAAAGAGAGUGGCAGCAUUUAGAAAGAAUCUAAUUGAAAUGUCUGAACUGGAAAUAAAGCAUGCCAGGAACAAUGUCUCCCUCCUGCAGAGCUGCAUUGAUUUGUUCAAGAACAACUGAUCUGCCUUUUCUCUGAAUGAAGGACACGAAUGUGAAAGAAAGCCAGCAUCACUUGCACUUAAAUCAUCACAGAAGAUUUAUUACCUUUGACUUUAGUUUAAAAUUAUGUGAAUAAAUAUUUUGAUUUCUAAAAAUCUUAACACUUAACCAUGUUGGUUUAAAAAUAUUUCUAUUGCAUGCUAAUUGGACAUAACAAAUCUUUUCCUUAUGCAUUUAAUACCUCAAAGUGGGCAGAAUCUACAUGCUGAGUUCUCCUGUAAUUUGUCUUUAGUUAUAAAGAGUGCAGGAAACAUGUGCCUUCUGGAACCAAGUACAAGCAAUGGCUUGGCACAUGUUGUCUCAUGGUUUCAUGUGCCCAUGUCCCUACAAACCAGUAAUUUAGAGUAGGUGCCACUGACAACAAAUAAGUCAGCUGCUUGUUGCAGGUAACAUAUACAUUCCAUUCCUUAAUGUGAUUCCCCCCUGCCCUUAUACUCAUGGUUCUUUAGUCACCUUAAGUGACUGUACUAUAACAAGAGCGAGAAAAUCUCAUUUAUAUACCCUUUGCAGCUCCAUUUUUUUGUAGUUGGGAUAUAAAUAUUUGAGGGGAGAGAAAUAUCUUAGGGUAUAAGAACAAAUAAUAUGGCCUACUUUAGAAGAUGGCCAGUCUAAGAUGUGAGCCCCCUUCCUGACUGUAGGGGGAGGUGUGUGUGUGUGUGUGUGUGUGUGUACUUUGUAUAAUAAAAUAAUAAAUCAUGUUACCAUAUGGAGUGUUUUUGUGGAAAACAAGGCCCAGGUGUGCC